CUGGGCGGACGCUCAAUGACAAAGCCACCCUUGUACUGUAAUGUGAGCAGCUGUGGAGCAGAGACGGCAGCCACUCUGUGCGCAGCAUCCGGGCAGAGGCUGGCACAGGAUCCGCGCCACUCCAGAGGUACUCUUCACAUAGUGUUACCCACAGAUGAUCCGGCGCUGACUAUGGACAAAGCGCUCCUCUCCUCCUCCUCCUCGCCCCCGGGUUCCCCGGGCUCGGCCGAGUCCUCCCUUCCUUUCUUCGACUCCUCUCACGCCCUGCAUCUUCUUCGCGGCAUCAAUGAGCUUCGGACAGAGCAGAAGUUCUUUGACAUGACGCUGAGUGCCGGCGGCCAUGACUUCCCCUGUCACCGCACGGUCCUGGCCGCCACCAGCACUUACUUCCGCGCCAUGUUUGCUGGGAGGCUGAAGGAGAGCCAGGCGGAGCGGGUCGAGCUGCACCACGUCACCGGGCCUAUCCUGGGCCUGCUGCUGGAUUUCUGUUACACCGGGGGGGUGACUGUGACCCGGGACAACGUGGAGCCACUGCUGCAGGCUGCCGACCUCCUGCAGUUCCCCUCGGUGAAGGACGCCUGCUGCGCCUACCUGGAGCGCCAGCUGGAUGUCAGCAACUGCCUGGAGAUCCAGGACUUCGCUGAGGCCUACGCUUGCCGAGGCCUGGCAGAGAGCACCAAGCGCUUCAUCCUGGCACACAUGGCACAGCUGGCACAAGCUCGGGAGCUAGAGCGGUUGCCAUGGCAGCGAAUGCUGGAAUACAUCAUGGAUGACCGCUUGUGUGUGGACAAAGAGGAGACUGCCUACCAGAUAAUCCUGCGCUGGGUUCGGUCCGACCUGCCCCACAGACAGCACCGUUGGCCCGAGCUUUUCCAGCAUGUCCGCCUGCCGUUCAUCCGCCGCUUCUACCUCUUGGCCCAUGUGGAGAGCGACCCCCUGGUCUAUUACAGUCCUUCAUGCCUCAGACUUAUCGGGGAAGCCCGAGCCUUCCAGUCCAGCGAGUAUGACCGCCAUGACCUGCCCUGUGAACGUAUGAGGCCCCGGCCGUCCACUGGCCUGGCGGAGAUCAUGGUGGUGGUUGGCGGGUGCGACCAGGACUGCGAUGAGCUGGUCACUGUGGACUGUUAUAACCCACACACCGGGCAGUGGAGGUACCUGGCGGAGUUCCCCGAUCACCUGGGUGGUGGCUACAGCAUUGCAGCGCUGGGCAAUGACAUAUAUGUCACAGGAGGUUCUGAUGGUUCAAGACUUUAUGACUGUGUUUGGAGAUACAAUUCCAGUGUGAAUGAAUGGACGGAGGUCUCUCCGAUGCUGAAGCCCCGGGAAUACCACAGCUCUACUGUGCUGAAGGGUCUGCUCUAUGUCAUUGCCUCAGACAGCACCGAGCGCUAUGACCACACCAUUGAUUCCUGGGAAUCCUUGCGGCCGAUGUUAUACCCCAUGGAUAACUGCUCCACCACCUCCUGCCGGGGCAGACUCUUUGCUAUUGGGUCACUAGAAGGCAAGGAGACUAUGGUCAUGCAGUGCUAUGACCCAGAAACAGACUUGUGGUCACUGGUGAACUGUGGGCGUCUGCCCCCGUGGUCCUUUGCACCGAAGACUGUGACACUAAAUGGAUUAAUUUAUUUUGUCAGAGAUGAUUCAGCAGAAGUGGAUGUAUAUAGUCCGCAGGAGAAUGAAUGGAAUAAAAUCCCUCCCAUGAAGCAGGUACACGUUGGAGGGAGCCUGGCUGCUCUGGGCGGAAAACUUUACGUGUCAGGCGGUUAUGACAACACAUUUGAACUCUCUGAUGUGGUGGAGGUUUUUGACCCGAAAACAAAGGAGUGGAGCAUUGUGGGACAUCUACCCCAACCAAUGUUCUGGCACGGCAGUGUCAGCAUCUUCAGACAGUUCAUGCCAUCCACACAGUACAGCUUCGACGGCGUCACGCUGGACAACGCCAAUCACGAAAGGAACACAAUUAACCUGAACAGGCGACGGCAGACCCUGCACAACCACAACCUGAAUGAACUGCACCGACGAUAGGUCUCAAUGCAAGUCUAUUUCAUCAAGAGACCAGAUGGGCAGAGGGCCAACGGUGGGUCGGUAUGAAGAGGGGAGAAGAAUAUGAAUGGCUUUCUAUUUUAUUAACGAUACAUAUUUAUAAAUCUACAGGGUUUUUUCUUCCCCCAUCACACAUGAGAAUCUCCCGCAUGAAGGCUAUUCCCUCGUACAUAGUUUAUUUUUUCUAGCAAAUAAAAAG